GUGUCCGCCCAGGGCCGCAGCGCAGCGGAGGAGAAACGCGAUAGGAGGCAGCAGCUGGCCUCCCACCACCCUAAAAAUAAUCCAGUCGCCUGCUGCUGACCCGGGAGGAAAACUUGUCGUCCCGUGGAGUGCGUGAGCUCCUCGGCUUGCUACAGAGAGAUCCCCAACCACUCUGAGGAGUCACUGGCUGACGUCUGUGUUCUAGUUUGAAAUUUACAUCUUCAGAGGGUGAGCAGGCGGUUGGUAGCUCAAGUGCACCAGUAGGGGGACUAAAAGCUGGAGCCAAAGCCAAGGUUAAUCAAGUAAGAAGAAAUGAGCCUUUCUUUUUGUGGGAACAACAUCUCCUCCUACGACAUCUAUUAUGGUGUUCUCCAAAACCCCUGCUUUGUGGACGCACUCAACCUGGUCCCGCAUGUCUUCCUGCUGUUUAUCACCUUUCCAAUACUGUUCAUUGGAUGGGGGAGCCAAAGCUCAAAAGUGCAAAUUCAUCACAACACGUGGCUUCAUUUUCCCGGACACAACCUGAGAUGGAUUCUGACGUUUGCACUCCUGUUUGUGCAUGUUUGUGAGAUAGCAGAAGGCAUCGUUUCAGACUCGCAUCGGGCAUCCAGGCAUCUCCACCUUUUCAUGCCGGCUGUGAUGGGAUUUGUUGCCACAACAACGUCCAUCGUCUAUUAUCAUAAUAUUGAAACUUCAAAUUUCCCUAAAUUACUUUUAGCUUUAUUCCUGUACUGGGUAAUGGCCUUUAUUACAAAGACGAUAAAGUUGGUCAAAUACUGGCAGUUGGGGUGGGGAGUGUCAGACCUGCGCUUCUGCAUCACAGGAGUGAUGGUCAUCUUGAAUGGGCUCCUGAUGGCUGUGGAGAUCAAUGUCAUCCGGGUCAGAAGAUAUGUUUUCUUCAUGAAUCCCCAGAAAGUGAAGCCUCCAGAAGACCUCCAGGACCUGGGCGUGAGGUUCCUCCAGCCAUUUGUGAAUUUACUGUCCAAAGCUACUUACUGGUGGAUGAACACACUUAUCAUAUCAGCUCACAAGAAGCCUAUUGAUCUGAAGGCGAUUGGAAAGUUGCCGAUAGCGAUGAGGGCGGUGACAAAUUAUGUCUGCCUAAAGGAAGCCUAUGAAGAGCAGAAGAAAAAGGCUGCCGAUCAUCCGAAUCGGACUCCCUCCAUAUGGCUGGCCAUGUACAGAGCUUUUGGGAGACCAAUCCUGCUGAGCAGCACAUUCCGGUACUUGGCCGACUUGCUGGGGUUUGCUGGUCCUCUUUGUAUAUCUGGAAUAGUCCAGCGAGUAAAUGAAAAGACUAACACAACGAGAGAAAUGUUUCCAGAGACCAUCUCAUCGAAGGAAUUUCUGGAAAACGCCCAUGUGCUGGCUGUCCUGCUCUUCCUGGCCCUUAUCCUACAGAGGACAUUUCUGCAGGCUUCCUACUACGUGACCAUAGAGACUGGCAUCAACCUCCGAGGGGCUCUGCUGGCUAUGAUAUACAAUAAAAUCCUUCGGCUCUCGACUUCUAACCUAUCCAUGGGCGAGAUGACCCUGGGACAGAUCAACAACUUGGUUGCCAUAGAAACCAAUCAGCUCAUGUGGUUCUUGUUCCUGUGUCCCAAUCUGUGGGCCAUGCCUGUUCAGAUCAUAAUGGGGGUGAUCCUGCUCUAUAACUUGCUCGGGUUGAGUGCACUGGUUGGCGCUGCGGUCAUAGUGCUCCUUGCACCGAUUCAGUACUUCAUUGCCACGAAGCUGGCAGAGGCUCAGAAGAGCACUCUGGAUUAUUCCACUGAGAGGCUGAAGAAGACAAAUGAGAUACUGAAGGGCAUCAAGCUCCUUAAGCUGUACGCCUGGGAGCACAUUUUCUGCAAGAGCGUGGAGGAGACACGAAUGAAGGAGCUCUCCAGCCUCAAAACCUUCGCGCUCUACACAUCGCUUUCCAUCUUCAUGAACGCCGCAAUUCCCAUCGCAGCUGUUCUUGCGACGUUUGUGACACAUGCGUAUGCCAGUGGAAACAACCUGAAGCCUGCAGAGGCCUUCGCCUCUCUGUCUCUCUUCCACAUCCUCGUCACACCACUCUUCCUGCUGUCCACGGUGGUCAGAUUCGCAGUCAAAGCCAUCAUCAGUGUUCAAAAGCUGAAUGAGUUUCUCUUGAGCGAUGAGAUUGGUGAGGACAGCUGGAGGGCCGGGGAGGGCACACUGCCUUUUGAGUCCUGUAAGAAGCACACCGGAGUGCAAUCAAAACCGAUAAACAGGAAGCAGCCUGGAAGGUCCCACCUGGACAGCUACGAGCAAGCACGGCGCCUUCGGCCCGCUGAAACGGAAGACAUUGCCAUAAAGGUGACAAAUGGAUACUUUUCAUGGGGCAGUGGUUUAGCUACAUUGUCCAAUAUUGACAUUCGAAUUCCAACAGGUCAGCUGACCAUGAUUGUAGGCCAAGUGGGUUGUGGGAAAUCAUCUCUUCUCCUUGCCAUCCUUGGUGAGAUGCAGACCCUGGAAGGAAAAGUUUACUGGAACAAUGUAAACGAAUCUGAGCCUUCUUUUGAAGCAACCCGAAGCAGAAGCAGGUAUUCUGUGGCUUACGCUGCCCAGAAGCCUUGGCUCCUAAAUGCUACAGUUGAGGAAAAUAUCACUUUUGGAAGUCCUUUCAACAGACAGAGGUACAAGGCUGUCACCGAUGCCUGCUCUCUUCAGCCAGACAUUGAUUUGUUACCAUUUGGAGACCAAACUGAAAUCGGAGAGAGGGGCAUCAACCUGAGUGGGGGUCAGAGGCAGAGAAUCUGCGUGGCACGGGCACUCUACCAAAACACCAACAUUGUCUUCUUGGAUGACCCAUUCUCUGCCCUGGACAUCCACCUGAGCGAUCACUUGAUGCAGGAAGGAAUCCUGAAGUUUCUCCAGGAUGACAAGAGGACGGUUGUUCUUGUGACUCACAAGCUGCAGUACCUGACACACGCUGACUGGAUCAUAGCCAUGAAGGACGGGAGUGUGCUAAGGGAAGGGACUUUGAAAGACAUUCAGACCAAAGACGUGGAGCUUUAUGAACACUGGAAAACCCUCAUGAAUAGACAGGAUCAAGAAUUAGAAAAGGACAUGGAAGCAGACCAAACAACACUGGAGAGGAAGACUCUCCGAAGAGCCAUGUAUUCGAGAGAGGCCAAAGCACAGAUGGAGGACGAAGAUGAAGAGGAAGAAGAAGAGGAAGAUGAGGAUGAUAACAUGUCAACGGUGAUGCGGCUCAGGACGAAGAUGCCCUGGAAGACCUGUUGGUGGUACCUCACUUCAGGAGGGUUUUUUCUGCUCUUCCUCAUGAUCUUCUCCAAGCUUUUGAAGCACUCGGUGAUUGUGGCUAUAGACUACUGGCUUGCGACGUGGACAUCCGAAUACAGUAUAAACCAUCCUGGGAAAGCUGACCAGACCUUCUACGUGGCUGGGUUCAGCAUCCUCUGUGGGGCAGGCAUUUUCCUUUGCCUCGUCACCUCCCUCACUGUGGAAUGGAUGGGUCUCACAGCCGCCAAGAACCUCCACCACAAUCUCCUCAACAAGAUAAUUCUUGGGCCAAUAAGGUUCUUUGAUACCACACCACUGGGACUGAUCCUCAAUCGGUUUUCUGCUGAUACUAACAUCAUCGACCAGCAUAUCCCUCCGACCUUGGAGUCGCUGACACGCUCUACGCUGCUCUGCCUGUCUGCUAUUGGAAUGAUCUCCUAUGCUACACCCGUGUUUCUCGUCGCCCUUGCCCCCCUGGGUGUAGCCUUUUAUUUCAUCCAGAAAUAUUUCCGGGUUGCCUCUAAGGAUCUCCAGGAACUGGAUGACAGCACCCAGCUCCCCCUGCUUUGUCACUUCUCAGAAACAGCUGAAGGGCUCACCACUAUCCGGGCCUUCAGGCAUGAAACCAGAUUCAAGCAACGCAUGCUCGAACUGACAGACACAAACAACAUUGCCUACUUAUUUCUCUCAGCAGCCAACAGAUGGCUGGAGGUCAGGACGGACUACCUGGGAGCGUGCAUUGUUCUGACAGCCUCCAUUGCAUCCAUUAGCGGCUCUUCCAGCUCUGGACUAGUGGGCUUGGGCCUUCUGUACGCCCUCACGAUAACCAAUUACCUGAAUUGGGUUGUAAGGAACUUGGCAGACCUGGAAGUCCAGAUGGGUGCAGUGAAGAAAGUGAACAGUUUCUUGACUAUGGAGUCUGAGAACUAUGAAGGCACCAUGGAUCCUUCUCAAGUCCCAGAGCACUGGCCACAGGAAGGCGAGAUCAAGAUUCACGAUCUAUGUGUCAGAUAUGAAAAUAACCUGAAGCCCGUUCUGAAACAUGUCAAGGCUUACAUCAAACCCGGGCAGAAGGUGGGCAUCUGUGGUCGAACUGGCAGUGGGAAGUCCUCCUUAUCUCUGGCUUUCUUCAGAAUGGUCGACAUAUUUGAUGGCAAGAUAGUCAUUGAUGGGAUAGACAUCUCCAAACUGCCCUUGCACACGCUCCGCUCCAGGCUGUCCAUCAUUCUCCAGGACCCAAUCCUGUUCAGCGGCUCUAUCAGGUUUAACUUGGAUCCUGAAUGCAAGUGCACAGAUGACAGGCUUUGGGAGGCUCUAGAAAUUGCCCAGCUGAAGAAUAUGGUCAAAUCUCUGCCCGGAGGCUUAGAUGCCACUGUCACCGAAGGUGGUGAGAACUUCAGUGUUGGACAGAGACAGCUGUUCUGCCUGGCCAGGGCCUUUGUUCGAAAGAGCAGUAUACUCAUCAUGGAUGAAGCCACUGCCUCCAUCGACAUGGCCACGGAAAACAUUUUGCAGAAAGUAGUCAUGACAGCCUUUGCGGAUCGCACAGUCGUAACCAUAGCUCAUCGGGUUCACACCAUUCUGACUGCAGACCUGGUUAUUGUGAUGAAGAGAGGAAACAUUUUGGAAUAUGACACCCCAGAAAGCCUCUUGGCCCAGGAAGAUGGAGUAUUUGCCUCGUUUGUCCGUGCAGACAUGUGACAGGAUUGUCUCGCAACAGCACAUGUACUUCAAUGCCUACUGUCGGCCCACCUGAGGGGUCUUCACCUUUGCCUUCGUAGGGUGGUACCAUAAACUUCGACAGAUUUCUGUGUGGAAAGUCGAGAUUUCUAUUUCCUGUUUUGGUCUAACAGUUUCUGAGAUACACGUCUUGUAGGGUCAUUGUGAAUAUUUUACUACCAUCAGUCCACACUCGGAAAAUAGGCUAUGUUAAACCAUGCUAGCAACCUUAAGAGGUAAAUCCAUUUAAGAGAAGUCUGGUUGAUGUCUGUCAGGCAUGGGAGCUAAAAUGAGUAGUCUGUGUUACUACACAGACUUACUUGGAAGACCAGCACUGCCUUGCUGUUGAUGUGCCCAUGUAGCAGGGUAAAAGAAAUUUCAUUUUCUAACAAAAUACUCACAUUCAUGAUCUACUGUAGGAGAAUAUUUUCUAUGCAUUUAACAUUAUUAAUAUUGGUUUUAACUUUUUCCCUUUUAAAUCAUUUCCUGUUACCAAGAAACUAUCACAUUUUUAGUAGCUCUAUAAAGCUAACCCCUCACAAAAGAAAGAUCACCAAAAGAGAUUGUAUAUUUGAAAACAUUACACUUGUAUCCGUUUUCCUCUGUUCAAUAAAGAGAAAGUUCAAGUUAGCUUCAGUCCUUCAGCAAUAGGCAACCUAGGUCUUCUAGAGUUUAAUUCUUUAUCAGACAGGCAAUGACUCUGAACCCUGAAAUGCUAUAUUAUUUAGGACCCAAAAGAAAAUAGAUAAAUGGCCUUAUCUGGUACACACAUACACACACACACACGCACACACAAUUUUCACAGCAUAUCUUGGCUUUAUGCUAAUCUUGGCAUGUGCACAUUCCUCAAAGGUACCAGAUAUUCCCUACCAUCCAUCUCUGUGGGAAGAUAGAAAUAGCUCACACUCUGAAGUUACAUAGGUAGCAAGUGUUUAUUUUUACUUGGGCAAAUUUCAGUGAUAGGCAUUUAUAUCACACAUGUGAUCAUUUGUCCUGUUCUAAUUAUGAAGAGUGUACCAGAAGUCUGUGUGAUAUUAGUGUCACAUUUCAUUCAAAUGCCAAUUAAUAAAGCAAAACUGACUGAAGUGACCUCCCCUGGUAUUCCAGCAUCCACGGUUUCUGUAACCUUUAACCAUCGGACAUGAGCAUUUCUGAAUUUCAUAUAAGGGUCUUCACAGAAAGUACAUGUUCCUUCCCCAUGGUUCCUGUACUCAUUUUAUUGUGUUGUUUAUUCUGUUUCACGACUUGCAGUUCUUGUGCAUCAGGAACUAUCAAGGUGCCUUCAUGGAUAUAGAAUGUAACAUAAGAAAAAUGUUCAUAAAGAUGGGCAGAAAUGGUCCAGAUUGCUUAGCUUAAAUAGUUACAUUUUCUUCUGUAUCUAAAACUUCAUUAGAAGAAAGUAAUAGUAUUAUUUGAAGAAAGCCAGUAAAUCACAGCCAUUACCAAUAAGUUCAACCUCAAAGCACUUCAUAAAAAUCUGACUAAUCUACUAAAAAAAGCAGGUGUGAAAGGCUCUGUUGGGGCUGAAUAUCAUGAUGGUUGUCAUCAAGCAAGCCCUCCUUCUUACAUAGAAAGAGCAUCCACCUACAGAAGUCGCCCCUCAGUGUAGCCCACUGCACCACCUUGUGCACAAGUGACUUUUGGUUCCUUGAACCUUUUACUUACUUGAGGUGAGAAAAUGUUUGAUAAUCUGCAAAACGAAACCAACCAAAUGAAAUCGGGGCCACAUCUCAGUCGAUCUGGCAUUGCUUUGCUUGUGUUACCGCUGAUGAGAGAAAUGCGCUUUUACUAAAACCUUAAGAAAAGAAAAUAAUCUCAACAGAACUAAAUUUUAUAUUGAUCUUACCAAAUCAACCCCACACAUAUUUAUUCUAACUGUAAAAAGCAAUAAAUGCAAAAAGAAAGAAAAGAAAAAGUGUGAGUAAGGAUCGUUUUCCUCAAAGGUUAUCCCCCUCGCCCCUGUUAUUUCUCAUGAUUCAUCAAUAUCUAGGUUAGGUAUUGAAAGAUCUAAGCAUCUGGUACUAUGGUCAGGACCAUAUCCUGUCCAUCUUUGGGCCCUUGGCACUAAAACAAGUGUGUAGAUCCAGAUAAAUAAAGUAAUUGCUCCAUUGACUUUUAUUUUUUUUAACUGCUAGUCAUGUGGCUGUAACUAUGGGUUGCCCUUUAUUACUCCUUGAUAUGCUUAUUCUAUUUAUUCUCAGUAUAUUAAAUCUGUUUAUUAUGUACACUGGAUGUUUACUCUCUAUAGUACAUGAGAACAUAUUGGCUUACCUUAUACAAUAAAUUAGUCCUUUUGUUUACUCAA